AUGACAACGAUGUUCGUCCAACUGCGUGGUGUGGUGUACCUAUUGGUACUUCUGCACUUCUGCGUGUGCGUGGUUCGUGCGGAAGCAGAGACCAGCGACGAGGCAGAAGCCAAGAUAGCGAAAAACGUUUUGCAAAGGACAGUGGAUAAUGCGUACGAAGUGCUUGCGCAGGGGAAGAGUUGUUUGACGUUGUUGGAGAGUGAAAUAAAGUACUGCAAUGAGAGUGUUAUGGAAGCCAAGAAAGCUGUCAGGGAUACCAAUGGGGUUGAUGAACUGAUUAGUCAAAAAAAAGAGAAUGCAGGCAGUGAUAAAGUUGUUGAACUGCUUAAGAGGGUCAGAUCAACAAAGGAAACGGCGAAUGUGGCAAUGGAGGCGGCAAUAGUGGCGGUUGGACGGUUAACGGCCGCGAGGACGGCCUGUCACGUAUCAUAUGAUAACAUGGAUUACGUCGCAAAGAAACUCGAACAAGAUGUGGGGGGACUCAGGAGUUUUAUGAUGGGUCCGGAUGGUGUGAGACAUAAUAACACGGAAUGCGAACGACUCGUAAAGAACGGUGUUGAACUAUGGGAGAAAAUACAAACUAUCAAGGAUGAGGUUUUCCAGAAAAAGUGGGACGGCGAUACGAUGAAGUCGGAAGGGGUUGGUGUACUGAAGAAGGCGAUAACGGCAUUGAAAAAUGUGAAAACGAAACUUGGGGAUUUGGAGGAGAGGCUAAAUACAGUGGGCUCAGGCAGCACGGCGAGUGGAGAAACGGUCCGUAAAGAAAAAGAAGAGGUCGGGAAAGUAGCGUACGAAGGUGGGGUGAAAUUAACAAAGGUUGCGUCAGUUCCGAGGACGUUUGCAGUUGGUGGAGUUAUAAAACGGGAGGAAAUAGUGGAUGAAAGCAGCGCCCCGCAGGAAAAAGAAAAAAUAAAGAAAGAGGCAGAGAAACUUAAGGACGAUAUCGUUAUGGAUGUGAGGGAUGAACUACAGAAGAGAGAGGAAGAGGAAAGGCAUCGUAUUGCGGAGGCGAUCCAGGCCGAGGAGAAUGAGGAAAGGGAAAGGGAGAAGAAGGCCACGGAAGAAAAAAAGAAGAUAGAAGAACAGCAGAAAAAAACUGAAGAGGAGAAAAAGAAAAAGAUUGAGGGGCAGCGAAAGGCUGAGGAGGACGAGAAGAAGAAGAUUAAGGAGCAGAAAGAGGUCGAGGAGGAGGAGGAGGAGAGGAAGAUUGAGGAGCAACAAAAAAAGGCAGAGGAAGAGAAGGCGAAACUGACAAAGGGCGAUGGAGCUUUCACUCCGGCAUUGUUGCGUGAACCUUUGGUGCCUUUCGCUGUGAUGUGUGUGCUGGGAUGCACUCUCGUGUGUUGA